AAAUAUUGACUUUUACCAAAAUCUUAAUGGAAGACAAGCACUCAGCGAAGGAGAUCGCCAAGAAGACCUGGGAAAUGGAGAAUGAUGUCACUGAAAGAGACAUCCUCAAAUUUAAUGAAGAAGAGAAUGACAAGCUGUUCGACACGAGACCAUGGCUCAAGGAUCCACAUUAUUUCAAAGACGUAAAGAUCUCAGUUACAGCCUUGAUCAAGAUGGUCACUCACUGUAGAAGAGGAGGCGACAUUGAGGUCAUGGGCCUCAUGCAAGGAAAGGUCAUUGGGACUUCCUUUUAUGUACUCGAUGCCUUCGGUCUUCCAGUCGAAGGAACUGAAACUAGAGUCAACGCAGGAGCAGAAGCAAAUGAAUAUCUUGGAGACUAUAUGGAGGUAUGCGAAGAUGUAGGAAGAUUAGAGAAUAUCUGUGGAUGGUACCAUAGUCAUCCUGGAUAUGCUCCAUGGCUCUCAGGAAUUGAUGUAGGAACCCAAUCUUUGUAUCAAGCACAUCAGGAGCCAUUUGUUGCUAUUGUAAUUGAUCCAAAAAGAACAAUCUCGUCAGGAAAAGUAGAUAUUGGAUGCUUUAGAACCUAUCCAGAGGAUUAUAAGGGUAAGGGAUCUGAAUUUGAGUCAGUGCCAAUGGAGAAGAUUGAAGAUUUCGGAGCUCAUGCUAAUAGAUACUACAAAUUAGAACAUAGCAUCUUUAAGAGUGAGUUGGACCAAUCCCAAUUCGAAUUCUUAUGGAAUCAGUAUUGGGUCCAGACUCUUUCUACGAGUAGUCUGUUGUUAUGUAAAGAAGCUGUAGCGAACACAAUCACAGAUAUCUCAGAGAAGGUUCAUAAAUACAAGAACAAUCCAAUGCUUAUGAGAAGGGAUAAGUUAGUCGGAUAUACCACAGGAAGAGGUGAGAGAGGAGGAGAAGCUCCUAAGAAGGACAAUGAGAUUGCUAAAAUUAACAAAGGAACCACAAAGAUGGUCCUUGAUAACUCACACAUGCUUAUGUCAGAAGUCCUAAAAUCCAUGAUCUUCUCUCAUAUCGAGUGCAACGAUGAAGAAGCCAAGAAAGAUGUUGAAAUGGAAAAAUAA